CAUCCAUUUGACAACCAAAAUAUUCGAAAAUGUAAACAAGAAAAUAAGCAAUUUAACAAUUAAAACAAAAAUAUAAGGGAUGUUCUGACAAAUCCCCCUAAAAUAGGAACAAACUGACUAAAACAUGGAAGUGAGUCCACUGAGCAUCAUCCUGGUAAAAUCAGACAGCAAAGGGGAUCGUUUACUGUUUCGUUACCCAUUCGAUACCAACGAAAACCAGGAAACUGAUGAUAAAGCCAGAAAGAAUCCUUACACCCUUCCUAUAGCUGAGGAGACUCUGCAGAGCCCGAUAAUCGCCGCCUCCUCCAAUAUAACCAAUGGGGUUCUAACCGGGUUCAGCGACGAAGUGCUCUCCUCCCUAUUCGCAGUAAAAACUGAUUUAUGCAACAAAAAAUUCGAACUGAAAGUGAACGACGUGCGAUUCGUCAGCCAUCCCACUCUACUACAACUAAAAACGCGACAAACUGAAAAGGAUGAUUCCGGUAUAAUGCUUAUUAACAUAGUGUUCACCUUGUCGGCUCUGGCAAGCCACUCGGUAGUAAGGUGCUAUCAUGACUUAAGUCAACGCUUAGGGCUCAUCUUGAGACACGAAGAAAAACGCUGUGGCUACGUUUCUGAGCAGAUUCAAAUAAUGAUGUCCACGCAUGACGAUUGCACUACUAGCAGUACUAGCAGUGCUGCCUUCCAAGUGAUACUGGAAAAGUGCACUUUGGCCCAAAAUAUUAAAAAAUUAUACAGUGAUUUAUGUGGUAGCGGUUUAGUGAAUGUGCGACUCAACAGAUGGAUCACUUUAAGCUUCUGUUUGCCCCAAAAGGCACAUCAGUGGCACCUGGGUGGUCAAAUUGUCGAGCCAGAGGAUAUCGACCGGUGUUUACAAGCAUUAAGGCCCUAUCACAGUCUGUUAUUGCUCCAUCCCGUGGAGCAUUUAAUCGAUUUUACUUGUUUGGACAGUUCUCCUUCAUUGGCGAAAAUGCUCAGGGAAUACUCGCCGAUGAAGAAUUUACAAACUUUAUCGGCUGAUUCAGAUUUAACUUUGAAUCAUGUGUUUGAACUGGCCGCUCAUUUGGUUUAUUGGGCCAAAGCAACCAUUAUAUUUCCAGUUUGUGGCACCAAUCGGUAUGUAAUAUCUCCUACUGCUUCUCUACACCACAAUUCCCCCCUUUUAAACAAAUUCUCCAAAGUGUUCCCCGACUUAAGUCUAAUCAAGGUAAUUCAAGAAUUCUCGGUGCCUACGUCCCUAAGCUCCAAACUGAACCCAAUCAGUAAAAAUAACAUGGAAUCACUACUGGUACGAAACAUCAUAUGGAUGUUACAGCACCAUCUGUUGCUCCAGUUACACACUUAUAUCGAGUACAUGCCGACGGACAGUGGCGCCACCGCCUCAAAAACGUUAAAGAAGUUCGGUAAAACCCCGUCGCCCAGGACGAGUUCUGUUUUAUCGGCGUCUUAUCCAGAACCGUCUAUACGGACCGAGUCCGAAUCCGGUGCGUCGACCUUGUCGGAAGCCACCGAAAUAUUCCGAAAUUUAAAUAUGGAAAAUGCCAGUUUUGCCUCGACCGACGACGAUAAACACGAUUAUCAGGAGGAGCUGUUGCUGGACUUUCCAGACGAGGAGCGCAGUCAGAUUUUUAAAAUUCCCGCCACGAAUAUGCCCGAGGACCUACAACUCUUUGCCAGAUUGUGCAGGAAGGGUUACUUCGAGGGAAACCAUCAUAUCGAGGAGAUUAUGUAUUUGGAGAAUUUGAGGAGGAGCCAGAUUACGCAGCUCCUCGACAAGUUUAGGGACGUGCUGAUUACUUACGAUACCGAAGAUCCGGCUAUCGCCAUGUUUUCUUGCACUAAUUGAAUUUUUAUUAAAUAUUGUUUUGUUAUUGAAAA